AAUGCAUACGUAUAUUAAAUGUAAAGCUAUUUGUCAUCUCUUACAUUUAAUGUUUUAUUUUCUUAAAUCGUGACAUGUGAAGUUAUUUUCACUUGCAUUAUUAUAUGUGAAUAUUUUUCUUAAAACUAACAACUUGAAAAUGACAAGCUUCGUGUGGAUUAUAUUAGUGCUUGUAGUCCGUUUCAGCAAUUGUUAUGGUCAAGAGUUAUAUGGUAACGGGGUUUGUCCACAACCACAAUGUGAGGGUAAACCUCAUAUUCCACCCGACUGCCGAAAAAAUCAAUUCACUAUUGGGUUAGACAACAAAACAAGAUGUCCAGCAUGUGACGCUAGCUUUUGUGGCCCAGAGCAAGACGUUUGUCCACUGGCAGAUUGUCCGAUAUGGUUUGAACCAGUAUUUGUUCCUGUAGAAUGUCAAAGGGAUACGUAUGUUAUUGGCAGCGACAAAAUAACAAAAUGUUACAUAUGUCCUGUAAAAAGUUGUGGUGAUCCAAAUAUAAUAUGCCCAAAGAUUUCAUGCCAACCAGUUCCAAAGAAAUGUCAAGUUAAGCAGUUCACAAUUGGAACCGAUGGUAUAACAGUAUGUCCUGCUUGUGACAAGAGCAAUUGUACAGGAAAUCAAAAUGACGUAUAUGGCACCGAUGGUUGUCAAGAAGCACAAUGCCAAAACAAACCAUUUAUACCACCAGACUGCAGGAAGAAUCAAUUUAUUAUCGGAUCAGAUGGCAAAACCAGGUGUCGAACAUGCGAUGCUAGCUUUUGUGAUCCGAAUAGUUGUCCAACAAAAAACUGUUCAGGGCAGCAAAAUAUUCUCAAGGAAUGCCGACAGCCUACCUUUGAGAUUGGAGGUGACGGGAUAACAAAAUGUCGAAUGUGUGACGUGAAUGCUUGUGGAGACCCGAAAAUAGUAUGUCCGAAGAUUAAAUGUCCUUCUAAACCGCCUAUACCUACACAUUGCGUUGUGAAGCAAUUUACAAUCGGUGGCGACGGCAUAACAUUAUGUCCAGCAUGUGAUAAGAAAGACUGCUCACAAAGUCACAAAGAAAAUGAAAAUUAUUAAAUGUGUGCACGUUUGUUCGAUGACAUGAAUAAAGACGGUCAUAUACAUAUUUAGUUUGGUAAACAGAAGUAAAAUAUGUCAUAGAUGUACAGUAUGCCAUUCUUAGAUAACUUGAUUGUAAGAAUAAAUGCGUAUUAUUUAA